CAGAUCCUUUUUCAUUUCGUGUGCAUACUGAUGAUUUAAACCAUUAGUUUUCCACAAGUACUGUAAGUUCCUCCUGUUCAGGAAAAAAAAAAAGGUUGCUAAAGUCACUGAAAUCCUUGACCUCGUCUCGUCGCGUCGAUCUUUUUUUUUUUAAAAAAAAAUAUUCGUGUUAUUAGUAUAGUACCAAGUACUUUAACGCUGUCACACUAGCUAGCUCGCACAAGACCGGGCUUUUGGAUGCAUGGAGCGCGACGACAGCAGCGAUUUUCCCAUGAAACCGACGUCUGAACCAACGGGCUACAGGCUGUAGUAAAAGUCAGCUUUUACCCUACCAAGCAGGAGGAGGCUGAGGCUCCUCUCUUCUGCGGUCUGCCUCUGCCCUUACCGCUACGCUUUCCUCCCGGAUUCCAGCAGCGAAACACGCGCGGGGCAAGGACGGAGCUGGUAAGCCGAUCGAGCCGGCGAGGGUGGACAAGAUGAUGAUGGCCGAGGUGGUGGCCAACCACAGCAAAAGGAGCCACACCGACGGCUACUUCAGUGCCAAAGCCGCCGUCGCCGCCGCCGCCGCCGCGAGCCCGCCAGAGGAGUUGGGAAGCAUGCCCAUGUCCUCGAAGAAGCCGAGGCCGAGGAAUAGCAACAGCCCGAGAACCGCGCCCGUAUCGCCCAAGGAGAAGAAGGACAGGAUCGGCGAGAGAGUCGCGGCGCUCCAGCAGCUAGUGUCGCCGUUCGGGAAGACAGACACGGCUUCCGUUCUGCAGGAGGCCUCGGGGUACAUCAGGUUCCUGCACCAGCAGCUCCAGGUCGGUGUUCCACCAGUGACCGCGCGCAUGGUGGCCGGCACUACGUCCUCAGCUCCCCUUACAUGCGUGCUCCUCCGGCUGCCGGCGCCGCGCCUGAGGAUCCCGAGCACUACAGCCUCCGGAGCCGCGGGCUGUGCCUGGUGCCGGUGGACCAGACACUGCAGCUGACCCAGAGCAACGGGGCCGACCUGUGGGCGCCGGCGAACACGACCAGGCGCAGGUGAGGAGGAGCCUGCUGCCGGCCUGUGCCUGGUGGUGGUCUGCCCGGAGGAAACCGCGCAAGUACUACUGCUGUGUCUGCAUGGUGCGCGUGUAGUACAGUUUCCAAGCGCCUGACCCAAUUCGAUCUCCUAACAAGAAGCUAAGCAUUAAGCAAGCGUGUCCGUAUCAGCCGCCUUGUAUUAUACCAGUGACCUGUCGGCGCCGUAUAUGUGUGAUCUGCUUGCUAGCUGAUCCACACAGAUGGAAGCGGCCCUGAACUGCGUCUCCAUGUGGUACUAGUACUAUGUAACUAUGUGUUUACUGACUUGUGAACUAGCAGUCUGUGGCCUGUCAGCAAGUAAAUGGGGGCAGUUUAAUGCAUGUUCCUUGAGAUGCCCUCUCACCAUA